GGUCGUUAUGCUCCUCGUCAUCUUCGGCCCCAGGGGACCCGACCGCUUCCCGGGGGAGUUUUUCGUCCCGCGGAUCCGUCGUUGUGGGCUCUGGGCCUUGCCGCCCUUGAUCGAGGAUCAAACCCCAGGGCUGAAAGCAUCCCAUCGUUGGAGACACCUGAGCGACGCAAAAACGGGUUCGACUGUGCGAGCAUUCGCGCGUAAGCUGCACGCGUGAGACUUAUUUUUUUUCGUCGCUCAUCUGAGGACGCCGCGACCACCCCUGCGCAGGCCCAGCCUGACCGGACGGGGGUGGGCCAGCCCGGUUUCGUCCAGAAGGCGCGGGCGCCCAUGGCGACCGAGGAGUUCGAGCGCAUCCUGAGCGACGAGCGCGAGCACUGGCUCGGCAGGUGCCUGCAAGAGGUCAGGGCCGUCAUGGCGAGGGGCAAGGAGGAGGCGGCCGAGGCCCUCCUGCGGGAGCGGCUCGCCUCGGCCGGGGAGGCCCGCGCCCUGCGCGAGCAGCUGCGCGAGGAGCUGCGCGAGGAGCUGCGCGAGCGCCUGGGCGCCGCGGGCGCCGCGGGCGCGGAGGCGGCGGCGCAUGGCGCGGCGCUGCGCGAGGAGUCCGCCCGCACCGC